AUGUCUUCAAAUACUUAUCGCGUUCGUAAAUUGGCUUCCAUAAACAACGAAAACCCUAUAAAAAAUAUAAAGAAUAGUUUAGUUACAAAUCGCAAAAAAACUGCCUUGCAAGUGUUGACAAACACAGUACAGUCAACCAAAAAGUCUGAUGGUAAAGGUCUUAAACAAUUAAAGGUAUUGCCCAUGAAACAUUUUGAGACAGAAAUAAAAUGUAAAUCGCCAUUACUAGACUUCACCAGCGAUCUAAAUGAAGAGUUUAAUCAUUUUGAUUGUAGAACACAAGAAAAUGAUGUCUUGCCUCCAAGUAUGACUUGUAACAUUGGAAUGCUGAGUGAAUUUUUUGGUGGCAAUAAUAAUGACACAAGUGAUUGGUUUCUUGAAGACUAUCAUAAUAUAAUGAUCCAUAAAAUCAAAAAUCAAUUUGAUAAUUUUGGAGAACCGGAGAUUGAUUACUCCUUUCCCUCAUUGCCAGUUAUGGAUUUUCCAGAAAUAAUAUUUGCUUAA